GACCUAUCAGGAGUUCAGAUUCAGGGAAGGGUGGGAUGAAGCUCGUUGAUGCCGGUACACCUGUAGUCUGCCGGCCAGAGGCACCUUUGCUGGUGGUCUCUUGUGGCCCAUCCCAAAGAGGACGGCUGGCCCCUGAGCAGUGACAGGCAGCAUGUCCCCUGGGUGGACUGCCCCAUGGAGUUCUGGAGCAAGGAGGGGGAUCAGAGCGUGCUGGUGGACUUCCUGCUGCCCACGGGGGUCUACCUGAACUUGCCGGUCCGCAAUGCCAACCUCAGCACCAUCAAGCAGGUGCUGUGGCACCACGCCCAGUACGAGCCGUUCUUCCACAUGCUCAGCGACCCCGAGGCCUACGUGUUCACCUGCGACCAGACGGCGGAGCAGCAGGAGCUGGAGGACGAGCAGCGGCGGCUGUGCGACGUGCAGCCCUUCCUGCCCGUGCUGCGCCUGGUGGCCCGCGAGGGCGACCGCGCGAAGAAGCUCGUCAACUCGCAGAUCAGCCUGCUCAUCGGCAAAGGCCUCCACGAGUUCGACUCCCUGCGGGACCAGGUGAACGACUUCCGGGCCAAGAUGCGGCAGUUCUGCGAGGAGGCGGCCGCGCACCGGCAGCAGCUGGGCUGGGAGGCCUGGCUGCAGUACAGCUUCCCCCUGCGGCUGGAGCCCGCCGCCCGCCGCGCCCUGCCCGCCCCCAGCCGCACCCUGCUGGUCAACGUCAAGUUCGAGGGCAGCGAGGAGAGCUUCACCUUCCAGGUGUCCAGCGACGACCAGCCCCUGGCGCUGAUGGCCUGCGCCCUCCGGAAGAAGGCGACGGUGUUCCGGCAGCGCCUGGCCGAGCGGCCUGAGGAGUACGCGCUGCGGGUCAACGGCAGGCACGAGUACCUGUACGGCGGCCACGCGCUCUGCCGCUUCCAGUACAUCUGCAGCUGCCUGCACACCGGACGGACCCCCCACCUCACCAUGGUCCACUCCUCCUCCAUCCUCGCCAUGCGGGACGAGCAAGGCAACCCCGCCCCCCAGGGCCAGAAACCACGCACCAAGCCGCCCCCAAUUCCCGCGAAGAAGCCUUCCUCCGUGUCGCUGUGGUCCCUGGAGCAGGCAUUCUGCAUCGAGCUGAUCCAGGGCAGCAAAGUGAAUGCAGAUGAGAGGAUGAAGCUGGUGGUCCAGGCGGGACUCUUCCACGGCCACGAGAUGCUGUGCAAGACCGUGUCCAGCUCGGAGGUGAGCGUGUGCUCGGAGCCCGUGUGGCAGCAGCGGCUGGAGUUUGACAUCAGUGUGUGCGACCUGCCCCGCAUGGCCCGGCUCUGCUUCGCGCUCUACGCCGUGGUGGAGAAGACCAAGAAGCCGCGCUCCACCAAGAAGAAGUCCAAGAAGACGGACUGCCCCAUCGCCUGGGCCAACGUCAUGCUGUUCGACUACAAGAACCAGCUCAAGACCGGGGAGCGCUGCCUCUCCAUGUGGCCCUCGCUGCCAGACGAGAAAGGGGAGCUGCUGAACCCCGCGGGCACCGUGCGCGGGAACCCCAACACCGAGAGCGCCGCCACCCUGCUCAUCUGCCUGCCCGACGUGGCCCCCCACCCCGUUUACUACCCUGCCCUGGAGAAGAUCCUGGAGCUGGGCCGCCGCGGGGAGCGGGCCCGCGCCACGGAGGAGGAGCAGCUGCAGCUGCGGGACAUCCUGGAGCGCCGCGGGUCCGGGGAGCUGUACGAGCAUGAGAAGGACCUGGUGUGGAAACUGAGGCACGAGGUCCAGGAGCGCUUCCCGGAGGCGCUGGCCCGCCUGCUGCUCGUCACCAAGUGGAACAAACAUGAAGACGUGGCCCAGAUGCUCUUCCUGCUGUGCUCCUGGCCCGAGCUGCCCGUCCUGAGCGCCCUGGAGCUGCUGGACUUCAGCUUCCCCGACUGCCACGUGGGCUCCUUUGCCAUCAAGUCCCUGCGGAAGCUGACGGACGACGAGCUGUUCCAGUACCUGCUGCAGCUGGUGCAGGUGCUCAAGUAUGAGUCCUACCUCGACUGCGAGCUCACCAAGUUCCUGCUGGACCGGGCCCUGUCCAACCGCAAGAUCGGCCACUUCCUCUUCUGGCACCUUCGCUCGGAGAUGCACGUGCCCUCCGUGGCCCUGCGCUUCGGCCUCAUCAUGGAGGCCUACUGCAGGGGCUGCACCCACCACAUGAAGGUGCUGAUGAAACAGGGGGAGGCGCUGAGCAAGCUGAAGGCGCUGAACGACUUGGUGAAGGUGAGCUCGCAGAAGAGCCCCAAGCCCCACGCCAAGGAGCUGAUGCACGCGUGCAUGCGCCAGGAGGCCUACGCGGAGGCCCUCUCCCACCUGCAGUCGCCGCUGGACCCCGGGACCCUGCUGGAGGAAGUCUGCGUGGAGCAGUGCACCUUCAUGGACUCCAAGAUGAAGCCCCUGUGGAUCAUGUACAACAGCGAGGAGGCGGGCAGCGUGGGCAUCAUCUUCAAGAACGGGGACGACCUCCGCCAGGACAUGCUGACCCUCCAGAUGAUCCGGCUCAUGGACGUCCUGUGGAAGCAGGAGGGCCUGGACCUCAGGAUGACCCCUUAUGGUUGCCUCCCCACCGGUGACCGCACGGGUCUCAUCGAGGUAGUGCUCCACUCGGACACCAUAGCCAACAUCCAGCUGAACAAAAGCAACAUGGCGGCCACCGCCGCCUUCAACAAGGAUGCCCUGCUCAACUGGCUCAAGUCCAAGAACCCUGGGGAGGCCCUGGACCGAGCCAUCGAGGAGUUCACCCUCUCCUGUGCCGGCUACUGCGUGGCCACCUACGUGUUGGGCAUCGGGGACCGGCACAGCGACAACAUCAUGAUCCGGGAGAGCGGGCAGUUGUUCCACAUUGAUUUUGGCCACUUCCUGGGGAAUUUCAAGACCAAGUUUGGAAUCAACCGCGAGCGAGUCCCGUUCAUCCUCACCUAUGACUUCGUCCACGUGAUUCAGCAGGGCAAGACCAACAACAGUGAGAAAUUUGAACGGUUCCGGGGCUACUGUGAACGGGCCUACACCAUCCUGCGGCGCCACGGGCUCCUCUUCCUCCACCUCUUCGCGCUGAUGCGGGCGGCAGGCCUGCCCGAGCUCAGCUGCUCCAAAGACAUCCAGUAUCUCAAGGACUCCCUGGCCCUGGGGAAGACGGAGGAGGAGGCACUAAAGCACUUCCGGGUGAAGUUCAACGAAGCGCUGCGGGAGAGCUGGAAGACCAAAGUGAACUGGAUGGCGCACAACGUGUCCAAAGAUAACAGGCAGUAGCGAGCGUGGAUCUGAGCGCGGGGCCCCGGCACCUCAGUCACCCUAAGAGGGGCCCCAAAAGCCUGAGCCGCACCUCACAGGGAAGAACCACACCAUUGCCUUCUGUUUACACUGGUUAUUUAUUUAGGACUCCAGAUGUUUCAGGAACCAACAGCCAUGAAUGGGAAUGCCCCCCGCGCGGGGCAGGGGCGCUGCCCUCCAUCUCCACGUGGAGCACUGCGAGUUGGGCACCUCAAGAUUGUACCUCCCGCUCGGCUGGGGACUGUCACCCCGCGUCUUCUGGCUGGUGAAACUUAGCCUGGAGAUGACCACUCUUCUCUGAAAAGCCUUCCCAGGCUCCCACCAGACGGCCUGGAUCUUGGAGGCACCCCCCCCCCCCCGCCGCCAUGGUACCUCCCAUCUAGAUAGGACCCCUCAAUCCUUAGCGCACCUCUGCCACCCUUGUGUGGCCCCCUCACUCUGGGCAGCUCCCGAGGGAGCGGGGUACCCCCUAGACUCAGGGACACAAGCUCUUCACAGCUGGGGUAAGGAGCCAGCCAGA